UGGGAAACCAAGCAGUUCAGAGCUGUGCACAUUGUAUAUUGAAUUUUGUGGAGUUCAGCUCAUGUUCCUGUUUUCAGCUUGGAAAAUGAAGCUCUGUCUUUGAGUAAGGAUUAAUUACACAGCAAGUUCGGAUGCCUGUAGUUGUUAGUAACAGAACUAAACUCCUUGACUGAUUACAAAACAUCAUUGUUGGACAGGUUAGGGACGCACUGACUAUUCGAUCUUAAAUGAUUUUUCACUCAAUUUGAGCUGAAUGCCAAAGGAGAAAGUGGAUAUGCUGCGUUUGGGUCAGUGACAAAACUCAGUUGUUGAUGGGCUCUUUUAAUAAUCUCUCAACUCCAGCGGAGGUGAAUUAGGUGGAGCUGGUUUUCCUGGAAUUGUAGAACAGAUUUUCCUGUUGUGUUUCGACACUGACUGUCUCACAGUAGCAUGCAGUGCUACUUCAGGAUUACUUCGAUUUAAGACUACUAUCAUCUGCCAUUCUGGCCUGAAAGUGGUUGUAUGGGUUACAGAAGUCGCCCGUUUUCAAAAAUGUCUCACUGGAUGCAACUAGGGCGGAAUCCUUCGAUAGCUGAUCAGCUUUCCUGGAUUUCGCUAACAACACAGGAUAGUUUUGCCUGAAGAUGGAAACACUGGAGUCUGAACUAACCUGCCCUAUUUGUCUUGAGCUGUUUGAAGACCCACUACUGCUGCCUUGUGCCCACAGCCUCUGUUUCAACUGUGCACAUCGUAUUUUGGUUUCCCAGUGUGCCAAUAACGAAUCAGUGGAAGCUAUCACUGCAUUUCAGUGUCCAACUUGCCGUUAUGUCAUUACCCUCAGUCAGCGUGGCCUAGAAGGACUGAAGCGUAACGUCACCCUACAGAAUAUUAUUGAUAGAUUUCAGAAAGCAUCUGUGAGUGGACCAAAUUCCCCAAGUGAAACUCGUAAAGAGAGAUCAUUUGAGAAUAACACCAUGUCUUCUUGUGAGAAAGUUCAGUGUCAGUUCUGCGAGCAAGACCCACCACAGGAUGCAGUUAAAACCUGUGUCACUUGUGAGGUUUCUUAUUGUGACGAGUGUCUGAAAGCCACACAUCCCAACAAGAAGCCGUUUACAGGCCAUCGUUUGAUUGAACCUGUCCCAGAUUCACACAUCAGGGGAUUAAUGUGUUUGGAACAUGAGGAUGAGAAAGUUAAUAUGUACUGUGUUACAGAUGACCAGUUAAUCUGUGCCUUGUGUAAAUUGGUAGGGCGUCAUCGAGACCACCAAGUGGCAGCCUUAGCUGACCGCUAUGAAAAAUUGAAGCAAUGCCUGGAGUGUAAUCUUGCCAACCUCAUUAAGAGGAAUAAUGAGAUGGAAUCCCUCUUAGCAAAGCUUAUUCAGACUUGUCAACACGUAGAGGCAAAUGCUUCAAGACAGGAAACCAAACUUAUGGAGGAAUGUGACCAGUUAAUUGAGAUUGUUCAACAAAGAAGACAGGCAAUCGGAAGCAAAAUCAAGGAAGGGAAGGUUGUAAGAUUAAGAAAGCUGGCUCAGCAGGUCGCAAAUUGCAAACAGUGUAUAGAGCGUUCAACAUCACUUAUUGCUCAAGCAGAACAAAAUCUGAAAGAGAAUGAUCAUGCCCGCUUCUUACAGACAGCCAAAAAUAUUUCAGAAAGGGUUUCCAUGGCAACGGCUUCUUCUCAGGUCCUGAUUCCAGAGAUUAGUUUAAAUGACACCUUUGACACAUUUGCACUGGAUUUUUCCAGGGAAAAGAAGAUGUUGGAGUGUCUUGAUUAUCUUACAGCUCCAAAUCCUCCAUGUAUUCGAGAAGAACUAUGCACAGCAUCCCAUGACACAAUUACUGUUCACUGGACAUCUGAUGAUGAAUUCAGCGUGGUAUCAUAUGAACUGCAGUAUACAAUAUUUACUGGUCAAACCAAUGUUGUUAGCCUGUGUAAUUCCGUUGACAGCUGGAUGAUUGUUCCAAAUAUCAAGCAAAACCAUUAUACUGUGCAUGGGCUACAAAGUGGCACAAAGUACAUCUUCAUUGUGAAAGCCAUUAAUCAAGCUGGGAGUCGGAGCAGUGACCCAGGAAAACUAAAAACAAACAGUCAGCCAUUUAAAUUGGAUCCAAAGUCUGCACACAGGAAACUGAAAGUUGCCCACGAUAAUUUAUCUGUGGAACGUGAUGAUUCAGCAUCAAAAAAGAGCCAUACACCUGAACGAUUUACCAGCCAAGGAAGCUAUGGAGUGGCUGGUAAUGUGUUCAUUGAUAGUGGUCGACAUUACUGGGAAGCUCUUAUUGGAGGAAGCACAUGGUAUGCUGUUGGCAUUGCCUACAGAUCAGCCCCAAAGCAUGAAUGGAUUGGAAAGAACCCUGCAUCAUGGGUAAUUUGUCGUUGCAAUAAUAACUGGGUUGUAAGACAUAAUAAUAAAGAAAUUGCUAUCGAACCUUCCCCUCAUCUUCGACGCAUAGGUAUUCUGUUGGACUAUGACACAGGUUCCCUGGCAUUCUAUGAUGCUGCAACUGCCCAGCACCUUUAUACGUUUGACAUUUCAUUUAUACAGCCAGUUUGUCCAGUUUUUACUGUGUGGAACAAAUGUUUAACAAUUUUAACAGGACUUCCUAUACCAGAUCACUUGGACUCCUCAGAACAACUGCCAUGCUAGGACAGAAAAUAAGAGCUGCCUGUGCAGUGCGGAAGUAGUAUUUGAUUUUAAUGUAAUGUUAUUAUUUGCAUUUUACAGUAGAACACCAAAUGUCAGGACUCAAGUGGACACAUGCAAUGAUUUUGAGAUCAAAGUUUAAUUUCAUAAACUUUAUUCUCAUUCUUCAAUAAUAAAUUUAUAAUUUAUUUAUAAAAAUAAUUUGAUAAAGGAUUGUUAUAAAAGAAACAUGCUUUGCAUAUGACAUAUUAUGCCACUGUAUUUAUAUAUAGUUGUUUUGUGGUUCCAACAAACUUUUAAAUAUAUACUUACAUAUAUAUAUAUAUAUAUAUAUAUAUAUAUAUAUAUAUAUAUAUAUAUAUAUAUAUAUAUAUAUAUAUAUGUUUGUAAGAAAAACAUUUACUUAAGGGGUGUUUAGAUCAUGGAUGAAUUACACUCUGUGAUGAGAUAAUUAUUUUAUUAUGUUAAAGAUACAUUAAAAGCCCCUUUGUUUUGGUGCCUUUAUAAUGGCAUUUGUAUGCACUUUCUUAUACAUACAGCAUUCCCGUUUAACCAGUUUGUGUCAUUUUGUUCUAGGUGGGUACUUAAAACUGACUUUACUUAGUCAUAGUUCUUAAAUACAAGAAAGCUACAUACAGACUUUAGAUGUCACAUUUAGUAACAUAAAACAUUUUGUUUCUUCUUUCAUAGUGUAUUUUAUACCAGUAUGGCAAAGUGACUUGAGGUAAGGCGCCACAAAUAGAUCAUAUUGUGCAGAUCGUGGACUGACAAAUACACAGUUUGCAACAUAUUGUGUGACAAUAUGCACAUGUCUUAACCAUGUUAAAUCUCCUAGGCCACAUCUGAAAACAGUUAAGGUUUGGCUCGUGUGUCACACGAGUCACAAAGAUGAGAUUAAUAGGCAAGGAAAGUACAUAUUUUAUUUUUCAUAUUUUGCAUUGCUGUGUUAGCUCAGUUGGCAUCACAAGGGUACACAAUCCAUCGCAUGUCACUUAGAGAUCAGUAAAAGUUAUAAAAUCAGGAGAUCAAUCACAGAAAAGCUGGUAGAUAACAACUGCUUCAUUUUAUACUGCUUAGCUCAGGGGAUGUUUCCAGUUGUUCAAAGCUAUCAAUGCUGCAUUUUGUUGAAUGUGUAACUGCAGUGCUACACAUGGACAAGAUGAUCAUUAACAAAGGUCACAUACAAAACUUAACAAUUGUUACAACUUUAUCUCUUUGCAUAUACUAUCUACCAGAGCAACACAACUGUUCAGCAUUUACAGGCACUCUACAGCACUAUAAAAAUCAUACAACAAAUGAGGGAACAGUGGCAUGGAUUUAGUUGCAAAAGAGAGAAUCAUUGCUUAAGAUGUCAAAGGAAACCAAAUCUACAUAGAGGUAAGAGACCAUGUGCUAUACUGAAGCAGUAGCAAUGCUUUCAGAUUAUACCGGGUCAGUUUCAAAAAUGACAGUAUGUUGUGCUGCAACUUAAUUUUGGAUCUUACAGUAUUCUGCUUGGAGAAUUGACCUGGCAUUUUAGCAUUUUAUUUUUUUUUUUUUUUUACUGGAUAGGCAAAGGCAUUGCUAUAUGGAACAGGUUACAUAUACCAUGUGACUUUCAGAUAAAUGUGUUAGAUGCAGAGGAAUCAUUUCUAAUCAGUGGAUGACAGGAUUUCAGUUAAUGAAAUCUUCAGACUUAUGUAGUGCAUUUGUUUGAUAUUGUACUUGCAACAAUAAAGCUCUGAGCCAUCCUGUGACAAGGAUUCUUGGUAUA